UUAUUCAUUCAACGAAUAUCCACCACCACACACACACACACACACACACAUACACACAGACAGACUAAUCAUAGUCUAGUCGAAGACCGGAAUUCAUUUUUUUUUUUCGGUCAUCGAUGAAUUUGUUUAUUUUUGUUUAGUUUUAUCAUUUUGUUAUUGUUUUUGUUUUUGUUGUUGUUGUUAUUAUUGUUGUUGAUCAUUGUCCAUAGAUUUAUCCAAUCGUUGAAUUGAUAAAUUUUAUCAACAAAUAUUUAAAGUAAAAAAAAAAUAAUCCACUACAAAUCCAUCCGAAGAAAUGUUGAUUGAUACAGAAACCUAAAACUUACCACCAACAAUUUAUCAGUCUACGAACACAGACGAAAAAAAAUCAAUCAAUCAAUCCAAUAAAAUCAAAUCAGUCAUCAACAUAUUGUUCAAUAUGCAAAAUUGUAACAAUACAAAUUCGGCCAAUUUGGUCGAUCUAAGUAACAUCUAUUAUACAGACAUUUUUCCAAUAAAAGAAAAUUCUUCAUUAUCAACAAGAGAAUUUUUACAACGAGUAAUCGAUAUUUGUCUGGAAUUUAUUGACGAAUCAAAUGAUCGAUCUAGGCCAAUAUUACGUUACAAUGAUCCAGACGAGAUGAAAACCAAGUUUAAUUUCAAUAUCGGUAAAGAGCCAAUAAAUCUGGAACAAAUUGUCCAUGAUUGUGCACAAGCACUUUACUAUCAAGUUCGAACUGCUCAUCCCCAUUAUUUCAAUCAACUAUCAUGUGGAUUAGACAUUGUUUCAUUGGCCGGUGAAUGGUUGACAGCUGCAGCCAAUACAAACAUGUUUACCUACGAAAUAGCACCGGUAUUCAUAUUAAUGGAACAUGAAGUGUUGAAAAAAAUGCGUCAUAUCAUUGGAUUCUAUGAUGGUGAUUCAAUUUUAGCACCAGGAGGUGCCAUCUCCAAUCUAUACGCUGUAAUUGCUGCCCGUCAAAAAAUGUUUCCAGAAUAUAAAUCCAAAGGACUGAGAGCAUUACCACAGCAGCUGGUGCUCUUCACAUCUGAACAUAGUCAUUAUUCAAUCAAAAGUGCUGGAGCUGUAUGUGGAUUUGGUACGGAUAAUGUUAUUGAAGUACCAUGCGAUGAAAGAGGUAAAAUGAUUCCAUCGGAAUUGGAAAAACUGGUCAAAAUUCAAUAUGAAAUGGGAAAUCGACCAUAUUUUGUUAAUUGUACCUGUGGUACAACUGUUCUUGGUGCAUUUGAUCCAAUCAAUCCGAUUGCUGAUAUUUGUGACAAAUAUAAUCUCUGGCUUCAUGUUGAUGCAGCCUGGGGUGGUGGAUUAUUGCUAUCAUCGAAACAACGACAUAAAUUAGAUCAUAUAGAACGAGCUCAAUCGGUUACCUGGAAUCCACAUAAAUUGAUGGGUACAUUACUACAAUGUUCUACUAUUCAUUUUAAACAAGAUGGAUUGUUGCUAGAAACAAAUGAAAUGUGUGCCGAUUAUCUUUUUCAACAGGAUAAACAUUAUGAUACUAGUUAUGAUACUGGAGAUAAAGUAAUUCAAUGUGGCCGCCAUAAUGAUAUAUUUAAAUUAUGGAUUAUGUGGCGUUCUAAAGGCGAUAAAGGAUAUGAACGUCAUAUUGAUCAUUUAUUUGAAAUGAGAGAUUACAUGCUCAAAGGUAUCAAAGCAAGAGGUGAUAAAUUUCACAUGGUACUUGAAAAUCCUGAAUGUGUUAAUGUAAGCUUUUGGUAUAUUCCAUCACGUCUUCGUAAUGUUCCACAUGAUGACGAACGAAUCAAAGAAUUAGGAAGAAUUACACCCAUUCUGAAAGCACGAAUGAUGCAAAAAGGAACAUUGAUGAUUAGCUAUCAACCAUUGGGCGAUAUACCAAAUUUUUUUCGCAAUAUAAUAUCCAAUUCUGGCGUACAGAAAAAAGAUGUUGAUUUUUUGCUUGACGAAUUGGAUCGUCUUGGUCAUGAUCUUUAAAAUCAUAAUAUAAAUCGAUCAUUCAACAAUCACAUCGCACAUAUAGUUUGAUUUAUAUUUAUUUAUUAUUAUAGUUUAUAGAAAAUUGUCGUGCAAAUUGAAACAUAAAAUAAACUCACCACACCAUCAUAUGUAGUUUUAGUAAUCAUCAUCAUCAUCAUCCUUAUCAUCAUCAUAAAUCAUCAUCAAGCUCAUCUUUAAAAAGGCAGCAAUAUUAUGCAUUAAAGGAUUGCAUAUGUCAAUCAAAUCUUUCAAAAUAAGAAUAUAUAACGAAAGAAAUAUCCAAACAAAACGACAAAAUCACGUCAAGUCUUCCAAAAAAAAACGAAUCGAAUCGAACAAAUUCGAAUCAUUCGAUAUUCUUUCGAAAAAAAAUCUUCCAAAAA